UGAGCAGUGUUGUUCAAUAGUAGGCCUGUGUGAGAAGUAAAAAAGUGUGCCGCAGGACUUUUGCUCUGAAAAUUGUGUGAAAAACGCGUUUGUGCUCCUGCAAUAGGAGUGUACUGCUUUAAACUUGAACUGAUCUACUUAAUUAGUUAUACGAAAGGACUGAAAAAGGCGUAAAAAAUGGUUAACUUCACCGUAGACGAAAUUCGUGCCAUGAUGGACAAAAAGCGGAACAUCCGUAAUAUGUCCGUCAUCGCCCACGUUGACCACGGCAAGUCGACGCUUACCGAUUCGCUAGUCUCAAAGGCCGGUAUCAUUGCCGGUGCGAAGGCAGGUGAGACCCGUUUUACCGAUACCCGUAAGGACGAGCAGGAACGGUGCAUCACUAUCAAGUCGACUGCCAUCUCGAUGUACUUCGAACUGGAUGACCAGGAUCUGGUGUUCAUCACCAACCCGGACCAGCGCGACAAGGAUUGCAAGGGCUUCUUGAUCAAUCUGAUCGAUUCGCCCGGGCACGUCGAUUUCUCGUCGGAAGUAACUGCUGCGUUGCGUGUCACCGACGGUGCUCUGGUGGUCGUCGAUUGUGUGUCGGGCGUGUGCGUCCAGACCGAAACCGUACUGCGCCAGGCCAUCGCCGAGCGUAUCAAGCCGGUCCUGUUCAUGAACAAGAUGGACCGCGCUUUGCUGGAACUGCAGCUGGAGGCUGAGGAUCUGUACCAGACCUUCCAGCGUAUCGUGGAGAACGUGAACGUCAUCAUCGCCACCUACAACGACGAUGGCGGCCCAAUGGGUGAGGUGCGUGUCGAUCCGUCCAAGGGUUCCGUCGGUUUCGGAUCUGGUCUGCACGGAUGGGCUUUCACGCUCAAGCAGUUCGCCGAGAUGUACGCUGUCAUGUUCAAGAUCGAUGUCGUGAAGCUAAUGAACCGUUUGUGGGGAGAGAACUUCUUCAAUGCCAAGACAAAGAAAUGGGCCAAGGUUAAGGAUGACGACAACAAGCGCUCGUUUGUCAUGUACGUGCUGGACCCGAUCUACAAGGUGUUCGAUGCUAUUAUGAACUACAAGACUGACGAGAUUCCAAAAUUGCUGGAGAGAAUUAAGGUUACGCUGAAACACGAGGACAAGGAUAAGGACGGAAAGAACCUGCUGAAGGUUGUGAUGCGUACCUGGUUGCCGGCUGGAGAAGCUUUACUUCAGAUGAUUGCCAUUCAUUUGCCAUCGCCAGUGGUUGCGCAGAAGUACCGUAUGGAGAUGCUGUACGAGGGUCCGCAUGAUGACGAAGCCGCUGUUGCCGUCAAGAACUGCGAUCCAGAAGGACCACUCAUGAUGUACGUGUCUAAGAUGGUGCCGACUUCCGAUAAGGGACGUUUCUAUGCCUUCGGUCGUGUAUUUGCCGGUAAGGUCGCCACUGGCCAGAAAUGCCGUAUCAUGGGCCCUAACUAUACCCCAGGCAAGAAGGAAGAUUUGUACGAGAAGGCAAUCCAGCGCACCAUUCUGAUGAUGGGACGUUAUGUUGAGGCCAUUGAGGAUGUCCCGUGCGGUAAUAUUUGCGGUCUGGUCGGCGUUGAUCAGUUCCUCGUGAAAACCGGAACAAUCAGUACCUUCAAGGAUGCUCACAACAUGAAGGUCAUGAAAUUCUCUGUCUCACCUGUGGUGCGUGUUGCCGUCGAACCCAAGAACCCGGCUGAUCUACCCAAGCUGGUAGAAGGUCUUAAGCGUUUGGCCAAGUCUGAUCCUAUGGUGCAGUGUAUUAUUGAGGAAUCCGGUGAGCACAUCAUUGCCGGUGCUGGUGAAUUGCAUUUGGAAAUUUGCCUGAAGGAUCUGGAAGAAGAUCACGCAUGUAUACCUCUGAAGAAAUCCGACCCCGUUGUGUCGUACCGUGAGACCGUGUCGGACGAAUCUGACCAGAUGUGUCUGUCCAAGUCGCCCAACAAGCACAACCGUCUGUUCAUGAAGGCCGUCCCGAUGCCGGACGGUUUACCCGAGGAUAUUGACAACGGUGACGUUAACUCGCGUGACGACUUCAAGAUCCGUGCCCGUUAUCUGGCCGAGAAGUACGAUUACGAUGUAACUGAAGCCCGUAAGAUCUGGUGCUUCGGCCCGGACGGUACAGGCCCGAACAUCGUGGUUGACUGCACCAAGGGUGUGCAGUAUCUGAACGAAAUCAAGGACUCCGUCGUCGCUGGCUUCCAGUGGGCCUCGAAGGAAGGUGUCUUGGCUGAGGAGAACAUGCGUGGUGUCCGUUUCAACAUCUAUGACGUUACGCUGCAUGCUGACGCUAUUCAUCGUGGUGGUGGUCAAAUCAUUCCGACCGCUCGUCGUGUCCUGUACGCUUCGUACAUCACCGCCGCUCCACGUAUCAUGGAACCGGUCUACCUGUGCGAAAUCCAAUGUCCGGAAGUUGCCGUCGGUGGUAUCUACGGUGUGCUCAAUCGUCGUCGUGGACACGUUUUCGAGGAAGCCCAGGUUGCCGGUACGCCCAUGUUCGUCGUGAAAGCGUAUCUGCCCGUCAACGAGUCGUUCGGCUUUACCGCUGAUCUGAGAUCCAACACCGGCGGACAGGCGUUCCCGCAGUGUGUGUUCGACCACUGGCAGAUCUUCCCCGGAGAUCCAGCUGACCCCAGCACCAAAGUGUACAAUAUCGUUCAGGAUAUCCGUAAGCGUAAGGGUCUGAAGGAUGGUCUUCCGGAUCUGACACAGUACUUGGACAAAUUGUAAACAGUUUCCAAUCUUAACAAAACACACACACGAAUCAAACAAACUAGAGGAAUGUAACCAAUUCAGCUACAACAAUUAUUAUAAAUUUAAUUUAUAAAUGUUUACAACAAAUCCUAAACAUUGCUAAACAACACACACGAGCACACACAAUUUCAAUUACCAAACCAGCAGCCAAUCGACAUACCUUCUGCAGUCGCUUUUCGUCAGCUUAUCCAAGUGUCCCCCGAAGUUCAAACCAAAAGUCGGAUCUACCAUCGCUUGGCGUCGAAAAAAAGCAGCAACCAAAAUAAUAGAUGGGCUCAACAGUUCCCAUUUGAAAUUCCCAAAUGCAAGCAAGUUAAUGCGAUCAGAAAACAAUAAUGGAAAAAAACAGUGAUAAGAGAGAAUACAGAAUAUGAGAAAUCAUGUUGACAAAGAAACGAACGGAAACGAGUGUAGUUUUACUUAUUAAUAGAUUUUUACUUGAUCGAUCUUUUUUUUAUUUGUUUCCUCAUUACAUUAGUAACUGUUAAGAGACAUUCAUUCACACGCACUGGAGAAAAAAUGCUUGCAUUUUUCAUUCGAUUGUUUAUUAUUUUCCUCUAAUCUUUUAUUUGGGAAUAUAAUCUAUACAGAUAACAUUUAUUUUACUUAAAACACUAC